GAAACUUUUACCUAGGUAAGGUGAAAAGUUCUCGGCCUGACACAGAAAUGGCGUUCCAAUCAGUAAAAAUUUAGGUUUCCUGCCUUGAAAAAUAAAAUCAUUUUUGAACUGAAAAUCGCAGUUUUUCAUUGUCAGGCCGAGAACUUUUCACCUUGCCCUCGUAUAUAUUCUUAAGCAUAAGCUAAGUUUGAAAUAAAGAGUUUAAUAUUUUUAAUAUACAUAUAUAAUUUCACUUACUUUUACAUAAUCCUUCAAAACCUCGAUGAUUGCUUCACAAACCUCAGGAACAAUUUUUGAUAUUGACUGUUUGAACACUCUGAAAAGAUACUGUAGACUGACGUAAGAAUCGCCACUUGCUAAAAAUCUUAGUGUUAUUAGUAGUCUUUCCUUAAUAGUUAUGGCAUCACGAUAAUUUGUAUCAUUCUUUCUAAUUUUGUUCUCCAAUAGUGAACACAAUAAGUCAAAUUGAUUUGAAGUCAUUCGUGCAAAAUUAGCUUCAGCUCCAUCAUCAAUUAAUUCUUUGUAAAGUCGAUUUCCAUAUUCCAACCGGUUUUUAAAAAUUGUUUUAACCCAAUACUGUCUUUUUCGUUUUCGUAAUUUUUGUCGUAAAUAUACAAGUAAAAUGUAGCUUGUUGCUGCUGCGGCUAUUCUUCGCCGCCGUUGCACGUGUGACUCCAUAGCCAGACAAAAUUCAACUGAAUUUAGCCGGAUCAGUAUGGAUCGCCUGGAGCGCGUCGGAGCAGCCAAAUCAGCCAAGUCAGGAUCGCUGUUGGAUCGACCUAGAACGAUCCACGCUCCACGCAUCACGAUCUUGGAUCGCGGAUCGCAGGAUCGCCGAUCCAUUUUGGAUCGUCUGGUGUGGAUCCGGCUAAUGGAUACUACUUUGGAACGCGCGCCAAUGUGUUCGUUGGGGCGCUCGAACGCGGAGUGGACCGUUCCGACGGUUGUCGGGUUUUUGACACGCGUCAGUCGUGGCACGCGCGCCAAUUGAGACGUACAUGUUGUAUUCUUUUUGUGUUUGUUGCGCUCCCAAUUAUGGAUAACCAAAGAUGCCGUAAAUUAAUACAACUCUAUGGUACAAAGGAACUACUGUGGGAUAGCAAAAUUUCUUCGUAUCAUAAUAAGUCGCUUAGAGAAGAUGCUUGGAGAGAAAUAAGCAGUGAAAUAGGAGUUCCUGUGCCGUAGUAAAAAAAAAAGACUGUGCUCCUAUCAUCGUACAGAAGAGAAAAAUGGAGAAUAUCUAGAAGCCAAAUCACUGGUCGGGACAGUAUUUACGUAUCAAAAUGGUUUGGUUUUGAUGACUUCAACUUCAUGCAAGACAAGUGCACACCAAAUUUACUACGCAGGUAAUUUUAGAGAAAGAAACAAGCGUUUUGGGAUCCACAAAUAGUGGGUUUGAAGUUCCAUUUGGUGGUGAUGGAGU